CACCAGGGGAGCCCUCCGCCCGCAAGAACUCCUUGUGCAGACCAGACAAGGGAUGGGUUUGCCUUUGACAGCCCAAGAUAUAACCUCACAUCGCCCACAUCCUGCGCAAGUAUCUUUACCCUCCGUCUACAUCGUCAUGACGCGGAACUUCUGCAGGCCCUGAAGCUUGAAAAUCAUGUCCUCGCAUUCCAAGGAGGAGAAGCCUGAACCAGCAAAUCCGGCUGUACCGUCUAGCAACGCGGGAACGAGCGAGCAAGUCACGUCUACCAAGCGAUCCGCUGCUGAUGACGAGCUCCAGUUCAUCUCGUCGAACCCCGUCAAGAAGCGACGGCCGAUAGCGCAGAAACGCCUUGAGAUGACCCAGCCCCCGGACACUCUUGCACUACCUCUCAGCAAUACACAGCAAAACGUCACGCGGCUCCGAGCUCAUGUGGAUAUGGCACGGCCUUCAGCAAUGUCUUCACAGACUCCUGCCAUCGACCAACAGCAGACUACCGCAUCGUCCCAAGUUCCUGAGCGUUGCCGGAGCCUGGCGCCAGCUAGCGAGGCAACACGCCCUGCGCCUAACCCGCCUCUGGAGAGCCGGGGAGCGUCACUUCCGGUCUUGGAGAACUUCGCCUUUCCGCAGUCGUCCGCUCCGCAGCCCAUUCGGCCAACUCCAUCCUCGGAGGCCGUCUCUCCCAAACAGCUCCCACAAGGCCCGCCAUCCUCUCUCGGGGCGGAUGCCCGGAACCAAUCGGUCGCACCUACCCCUGACGUACCCUCGCAAAACUCUGUCACACUCAACCAGAUCUCCUGUCUCGACGUCAACGGCGUGCCUACGAACACGCCCGGGUUCGAACUGGGCCCGAUCUUCUCCGCCAAUGGCAGCGUCAUUAGCGGCUCUGGGAUGGGCAACAUGCGCAGCUCGGAAGCUGUCCCAGCCCCGCCCCUGGGCCCUGCUAUGCCACCCUUCAACCCUAUGGCUAGCCCUAACGCGAUACCGUUCACAAUGUACUCGACGGGAAACAUUGUCACAAUACCGCAAAUGCAGCAUUGCAUGAGCCCGCUCCCGGCAUCGUUCCCUCCUGGCGCAAUGCAACCUCCUCCUCAGCACGGCAGAGUGUCGAUUCCCGGCAAUCAGACACAGACACAGACUACGAUGCAGCCAGCUGUACCUGGACUGCCUCACGGAGCCCACACUCACACAACACACGGCCGCUCUUCCUCUCCACAUCCGGCAUACCGGCCUCCGUGCCUCCACUGCGAGCGGAUUCGACAGGAGAACCUCCUCCGCCGGGCCCAUGGAUCGCCUCGACUCCCAGCAAGUGCUGACCCGCGUCACCUUCCAGAGGGCCAGGGGCAGAGCUCCCAGCAUUCAUCUCUCUCCCCGACGAGUAGCCACGUCCGUCAUCCAACACCGGCUGAGCAGCCGGGGCCAACUCCCCGCUCGACCCCAGCGUUCCGUCAGCCAGCACAGGAACACAGCCAGUUCCAACACCGCUGGCCUGCGCCGCCGGCCCCUCCCGUGUCGCUUGGACUCUCUCCGUCUCGCAGCAUCGUGCAAGAUAUCGCCGACACGGUCCGGGCCAGCUUUCCCUACGUCCAGGUGGCGGCGCGGCAUGGCAUGACGCCGGCCAAGGUCGCCGAGCUGCUUUCUAGGAUACUCGUUCCCACGACAGUGAUGUGACCCAGGCCCGGGAAGUGGGC